AUGAAGCUCUACCUUGUGUUUGUCGCUCUUUUUGCUCUUUUCGCUGCCGUCUCUGCUCUUGACCAAACCAACAAGAUGGUCCCUAUGAAGGCGAACAAUGUUUGCUUUAAAUGCAUCAAGUCGUACAUCGACUGCUUCAACCGCUUCGGUGUACAGGGCUGCACUGACAAGAACGCCGAGCACCACACCUACUGCCCUUAUGAGCAGUUUCUGCCUGAAUCCACGGAUCGACUUGUGGCUAAGCGGACCCAGGCUUUGGUUGUAUGCCAUGGUCUAUUUGGCUCCAAGCAGAAUUGGCGGUCACUUGCCAAAUCCAUGGCUAAAGGUUUUGGUGUACCUAUCUACACGCUCGAUAUGCGCAACCACGGUUCGUCCCCCCAUUCCGACGACAUGACAUAUGCGCAAAUGGCCGACGAUGUCAAGUCGUUCUUGCAGGAGCAGCAAUUGUCGAACGUAACCCUCGUUGGGCACUCCAUGGGAGGCAAGGUGGUGAUGGCCUUGGCUCUAGAUCCUUCUUUGCCGGAGAGUACCCUGUCGCACCUUGUUAGUGUCGACAUGUCACCUGCGGAGGGCGCCAUCUCGUCCGAGUUUAUGUUCCUCUUGACCAAUCUUGAACGUGAUGAAGAAUCGGGCACCAUGCGCUUUCGGAUCCCUGUCAAGACUCUUUUGCACUGUCUGGAAAGUAUCGGCCUCUUUCCGUAUUCGCCACCGAAAGAUGACUCGUCGGCACCCGAGCGUGUUUGGAAUGGUCCCACCCUUUUUGUUAAAGGCGAGCACAGCAACAAUGUCUUCAAUGUGGGCAGCGGUAGCCAGGGACCGCAGGAACUUGGGCUCAAGGAACACGGUGCCAGUGGCCACAAGUUGGAUCGGCUACGCUCGUCAGCGAACCAAGGACUCGGAGGUGACCACGCGCAUAGUCACUCGAUGCCAGGGGACGGACCUGACUCAGCAGGAAAGGCGAGCUCCAGCUCGGAAUCAGGUGUGAAAGGCAUGUCCGAUGUAGAAGCGGUAGGUCUGGUGGACCACGCACGGGCCGUGCGUUUCGCCACGGGUGUGCGCCUUGGAGCGCUGGGUAGCAGAAGCCUUGUAUCAGCCUACCGAAAAGAGUUCAAGACAGGCUAUAAGAUCUUACCUUUGGCCCUGGCAGGAGUAGCAGCCAGUACUGUGGCACUGUAUCCUCGCACUGCGGCACUGGAGGCAUCUCACGGCCGUUUGGUAACGGAGUCCAAGUCGUCCAUGGAUCUGCCCGUGUAUAUCAAGACGGACAGCACAAUGGUGUCCCCUGAUGGUGUGCAACUCCGUCUCGUCGGCAUGGGCGUACGAACUGUAACCUUUUUGGGCGUGUACGUGUACGUGGCAGCGCUGUAUGUCGAAGAGAAGGCAAUAGCUGCUGCGAAGCCUGCCUGGGCCACUGGCGGCCAGGAUUUGGAGGCACAGGUGCGCAGCUGGAUCGAGGAAGGAACGGCUUGCGCGGUGCGUGUGAUGCCCGUGCGCUCCACGGACUUUAGUCACCUUCGUGAUGGCUUGCUGCGUACCGUGCAAACCCGCGCAAAGGAUGCACGUCUGCCAGGUACUACCUAUACACUCGACGAAGCAAGCGAAGACAGCGUGUCCCAAAAUGUGCAAGAUCUCAAGAAACUAUUUCCACGGUCCAAGGUCUCUAGGGGACAGACGCUUGAUUUGGUGGUUGAGAAGGCACAGAGCGGCUCUUACGUUUUAACACUCCAGCACAAUGGGUGCACACUGGGCCACGUACAGAGUGCGCCCUCGUCCUCUUGUACAUUCACGGUGCCAACGGGUCUACUACUGGCCUACAUGGGCGAGCGCCCCGACAUUAGCGCUGCCCUCCGCGCAUCUGUGGUCGCUGGUCUCCAGCUCGACCUUCCGUAG